AUGCUCCGGCCAUUCCCCUCUCACCACCACCACCACCAUCGCCCCCCCGCCGCCAGCCCGCCCUCCUCGGCCGCCGCCGCAGCCAUGGCGCCGUCCUCCUCCCGCUCCGGCGGCGGGGGCGGGGCCCACUUCUCCUUCUCCCUCUCGCCCUCCUCCUCCUGCAGGCACACCCCGUCCUCCGCCACGCUCGAUCUCCUCAUCCUCCUCCUCGUCCUCUUCUCCCUCGCCUUCCUCCUCGCCUCCUCGCUCGCCCACGUCUCCCGCUCCCUCUCCCCGCUCCUCGCCUCGCCCCCCGCCGCCGCCGCCCUCGCCUCCGCCGCCGCCGCCCUGCCCUACCUCGCCGCCGGCCUCCCCUACGUCGCCGCGGCCGCCGUGCUCGCCGCCGCCGCCUUCCUCUCCUGCCGCCGCCUCCCGCGCCGCCGCUGCCGCAACCCGCGCUGCCGCGGCCUCCGCAAGGCGCUCGAGUUCGACGUCCAGCUCCAGAGCGAGGACGCCGUGCGCGCCGGCGCGGGCAGCACCGUCGGCGGCGCCGACGCCGCCAUGUGGGGCGAGAUCGACACCUUGCCCUGGAAAGGCGGCCAGAGCGGGAACAAUCCCGACUACGAGUGCCUCCGCGCCGAGCUCCGACGCAUGGCCCCGCCCAACGGACGCGCUGUCCUGCUCUUCCGCAACCGCUGCGGCUGCCCUGUGGCUAAGCUCGAGGGCUGGGGCACACCCAAAAGCAAGCGGCGGAGUAAAAAGGGCACGCAAGGUUCUUUCCUGGACGGAGGGGUGCGAUGAACAGAGGCCUGCUAACCGUUGCUGGUUUAGGCUACCAUGGAAUAUUUGUUGAAUAAUACUUCCAAUGAAAGAUACAUCAAUUACAAGUGGUUGCACCAUAAUUGUACUGUUAGACUGGGGUUCUCUGAAUCUCAGACAGAAAUACUGAUAUGAGACAAACGCUGCAAUAAUGAUAGACUGUCAAAGAAAGAAAAUUAAACGUUGGAUA